AUGUGCGUCCCCAGCCGCCCCCGGACACAUUUGCGGUCAAGCGCUUGUCUUCCCGCGGGCCUCGCGUCCGGCGGCCCCGCGCCCGCUCGGCGGCCCCGCGCGCGCGCCUGGCGCGCUCCGCGCGCAGGCAGCGGCCACGGAAGCGGAGGGGACCUGCCACCGGAGCAGUACAGGGCGUACGCCGAGGAGGUCGUCGACGCCCUGUACGAGGUGGACCCGGCGUGCCCUCUCCCGACGCUGCUAGACGCGCUGGGUCCAGGCGCCGAGUGGGUCACGGCGGCGGCCUGGGGCGUCGGCAGGCACUACGUCUUGCUGCUGGACGAGCCCACGGGGGCCGUCUUGGCAUGGGCUUGGCUCGAGGAGGAGGCGGAGUGGUGGACCCUGCAAAACAUCUGGGUAACCCAAGCGUCCCGCAGCGCCGGGUUGGGCCGCUACUUGAUGCGCUACAUCGAGUCAGCGACGCAAUACCCGGGACUCCGCCGUCAAGUGGCAGGUGAUCUUCGAUUGACUGCGUUGGGGCCGGCGGAAGGGUUCUAUGAGAAGCUAGGGUAUCCCCGACUUGCGGGAUGCGUUUUCAGCAAGGAAGUGCCCAGUACCCUAGAAGAGUUCGGCGAAGUGCACGCGUCUUCACGGCUUUUCCAGCCUGUCCAGGCGGAUGGCUUUAGGCUGCAUAUCGUGCCCAUGCAUUCAGCGAACCUCCUGGAGCGGAGCUGA